UCCCAAACACCACUUGCACGUGCUAUCCUCUUUCUCUCCCCUUUCCUCUCGAUCACUACAAACAUCCAAUUGACACCCAAAAAUUCAAAUAAAGAAAAGAAAAAAAAAUUCCUCUUCGGCUCUUACUCUAUCUUUUCUUUUCUUUCUCUCGUCCCCACCAACAGGAGAGAAAGGAAAAAGAAAAUACAAACCUUUCAUCUUCCUCUAUAACGUAACCAUUAAAGGUGAAAUAUAUAUAUAUAGAAUUUAAAAUAAACAGAGGAACAAUUUCUUCUUUCCUUUUUUUUUUUGUUUUUUCAAAUGCACGCAAAAAAUAGGAUUCCAAGUAGCGGCCACAGCACCCCAUCACCGCCGGCGUCACCACUACGGUCACCGAGGUACCGCCACGGAAGGAAGUCGGGUCGGUUUAGCCCGUUCCAACCGGGGCGGACCAUAGCCCACCGUCUCGCUUGGUUACUUCUUUCGGUUCUUCUUCGUCGACAAGGGAUUUUUCUCUUUGCUCCUCUCAUUUACAUCUCUGGGAUGCUUCUUUACAUGGGCACCGUUUCUUUUGAUGUGGUUCCCGUUAUUAAACACCGACCCGCACCCGGCUCUGUUUACCGGAGUCCCCAGCUUUAUGAGAAGCUUAAAAUUGAUAUGAAUGCCGAUAAUUCCUCUGCUGAUGCGAUUUCGACUAUUUGGAAAAAUUCCUACAAAGGAGGGGAGUGGAGGCCUUGUGUAAACAAGUCAUUGGAAGGCUUACCUGAAUCAAAUGGUUACAUAUAUGUUGAGGCAAACGGAGGCUUAAAUCAGCAGAGGACUUCGAUAUGCAACGCUGUUGCUGUGGCUGGCUAUCUUAAUGCAACACUUCUAAUCCCAAACUUCCAUUUUCAUAGCAUAUGGAGAGAUCCCAGCAAAUUCAAAGAUAUCUAUGAUGAAGAUUAUUUCAUCAGUGCCUUGAAGAAUGAUGUACGAGUUGUUAAUAAGAUUCCUGAGUACAUAAUGGAACGAUUUGACAACAAUUUGACUAAUGUUUACAACUUCAGAAUUAAAGCCUGGUCAUCCAUUCAGUAUUAUAAGGAUGUAGUCCUACCCAAGCUCCUCGAAGAAAAGAUUAUAAGGAUUUCUCCUUUUGCAAACCGCUUAUCGUUUGAUGCUCCUCCAGCUGUCCAAAGACUGAGGUGCUUGGCAAAUUAUGAAGCUUUACGGUUUUCAAGUCCAAUAUUGAGCCUUGGGGAAACUUUGGUUGCCAGAAUGAAAGAGCUCAGUGCAAAUAGUGGUGGCAAGUAUGUUUCCGUGCAUCUUCGCUUUGAAGAGGAUAUGGUUGCUUUCUCUUGUUGUGUAUUUGAUGGUGGGGAGCAGGAAAAAGAAGACAUGAAAAAAGCAAGGGAAAGAGGUUGGAAAGGGAAGUUUACAAAACCUGGUCGAGUUAUACGCCCUGGAGCAAUCAGGAUUAAUGGGAAAUGUCCACUUACUCCUUUAGAGGUUGGAUUGAUGCUUAGAGGAAUGGGGUUUGAUAACAAUACAUAUAUCUUUUUGGCAUCUGGAAAAAUAUACAACGCUGAGAAAACAAUGGCUCCAUUAUUGGAAAUGUUUCCCAACUUGCAAACAAAAGAGAUGCUGGCAUCGGAGGAAGAACUUACUCCAUAUAAGAACUUUUCUUCCAGGAUGGCCGCCAUAGACUAUACUGUUUGCCUUCAUAGUGAGGUAUUUGUGACCACUCAAGGUGGAAAUUUUCCUCAUUUUCUGAUGGGGCACAGGAGAUACUUGCACGGAGGACACUCCAAGACAAUUCGACCUGACAAGCGAAAGUUGGCAUUACUAUUUGAUAAUCCUAAUAUUGGGUGGAAAAGUUUCAAGCGUCAAAUGCUGAAUAUGCGGUCUCAUAGUGACUCAAAGGGAUUUGAACUCAAAAGGCCAAGCGAUUCAAUAUAUACUUUCCCAUGCCCUGAUUGCAUGUGUCAUACAAACAAAUCAGCAGACUCAAGAUCAUCAUCGGCUACGUGAUCAGCUUGGAGAGGGUUUUGAUGGGCAUUUCUUGUACCUGUAUAAUUUAAUGAGCACAUCUUGCUGCUGACCCCCCUUUCUGUGUCUGACUUCAUUUUGUUAUCCUCUUAAUGUUGCAAGAGGUCACACAAUUUGGUUUUGGUAGCUUUGAGGAUUUUUUUCAGAGGUCACAUUGAUUUAUCGGUCUAAUUACUUCACCGGGAUUGAGUUGAUGGGGAGUUGCAUCUUUUGUAUAUGAUGCCAGAGAACGGGGAAUCGACAAUUUUGCUAUUUGAGGGGUAAACCCGGCAUUACCCUGAGAUUAUUUCACAAUUGCUGGUGCAGCUGCUGUAUCUAACAAGCUGUGGUUUAACACAUUGUAUUCUUUCACACCCUGGUUUUGUGAUUGUUUGUAAAUUUAGUUACAGUUUGAAAUUUAAGAAUUGUUUGAGACAGGAAGGAAUUUGGUGUACAUUGUCAGAAUUCAUGUAACUUUUUUCCCAUUUCAAGGAUUUCUUUUUGAUAGCAGCAA